GUAAGCAGGUUCGAAAGCAAUAAAUGAGACUGACUGUUAAAGUUUUAAGUAUAGGUGUAUAUGUGCCGCGAUGUGCGAAUGACAAGUUGGCAGUUAGCAGUAAUCGGUGUGAAAAAGAAGAUAAUUAGCGUUUAAUUUGAUAUUAUCACGUGUCACGUUCAAGUGGAUUAUGUACUACUAUUGAAAAUGCAGCACGAGCGUCUCAGCUUUUUGCCGCAGUUCAAUGUUGUGGUUUGAAUGAAUAGAAUUUUGGGAAAUUGAGAGGCGAAAAAAACUGCAGACUGAGUGAUUCUAAGAUAAUAAGAUUAAUGCCGGAACAAUCUUGAUGAUGCGGUGGUGGUAAAACAAUCAAGAUAGUCUGUCGAUUAUCAAAAUGCGCGAAACAAAGUUUCAAACUAAUCGACUACAAUUCCUCAUCAACAUACAUUCCUCUACAUUCUUACAAGAAAUGUAGAACUAGGAACGAGCGUGCACCGUUUCUCUUGCUAAACGUAACGUCGCCCCCGUUACGGUUUGGCGAAUAAUUUUGUCAUCUACAAAUAUAAACAUAACCUUGCAAUCCACGGGAUGGGUAACUGCCUAUGCAAAGAUGCUCCGGAAGAGUCUGAAGCCUAUAACAAUCAAAAUCAUGCCCCAAUCGGAAAUACCGUCCUCCCGGCUGCCAAUGAGUCUGCUGCAGUUGGAGAUGCUGCUUCACCUACAUUCAGAUUCCCAGCCUCUGCUAUUGUCGACAGAUUGGUUCUGGAAACACUCGAGGUGAUCGGUUCGCUGGUUGACAAUGAGCAAGAGCCUCCACCAGCAAUGCUCAAGCUCCAUGCUAUUGCGGAUAAGGAAGAUGGCUGGAUUCAAGUCGUUAGUAGUAUGGUGAACGUCAUACCAAUGAGUGAUCCCCUGGGUCCCUCUGUCAUUACAUUGCUGUUAGAUGACUGCCCUCUGCCCUCAAAGGAUUCUGUACUAAGACUUUCGCACAUGUUUCAACUCUCGCAAAAGGGUCGAAACAAAGUGCAAAUAAGUGCAACCCAGCAACGUAAUAUUUGCGUGGUGCUUGGCUGCAUAGCGGAAAAGUUGGCUGGACCAAGUAGUAUAGCAAUAUUAUCAGAUGCCACUUUGGGAUAUCUUGUUUCGAACUUAAAAAAAGAUGUCGAUCCAUACGUAGUGCUUUUCUCAUUAAUCGGGUUGGAAAAAUUUGCCCAAACCAGUGAAAAUAAGAUAACAAUAAAAAAAAGGCUGCUAUCAGAGAAAGGAAAUCCAUUGUUGGAACUUGAAAAAUGGGUAGAUUCAUCCCACUAUGUACAACGACAGGUGGGCUUCUGUGCUCGGUGGUGCUUAGAUAAUUUAUUUUUAAUGGAGGACAGAAAGUACUCUCAUGACACGGUUGACACAACUGGCAUUAACGUAAUGUUGAACACAAAGGAUGUGAGCGAGUACCUGAAAAUUUCUCCAAACGGUUUGGAGGCACGCUGUGACGCAUACUCGUUUGAGAGCGUACGCUGCACCUAUCAAGUUGACUCUGGUAUUUGGUAUUACGAGAUCCUCAUCAUUACACCUGGAGUCAUGCAAAUUGGAUGGGCAACGAAGGACAGUACCUUCCUUAACCAUGAAGGCUAUGGCAUCGGUGACGAUGAAUUUUCAUUAGCCUAUGACGGCUGUCGAAGAUUAAUCUGGCAUAAUGCCAGGAGCGAGGCGCAACAUGACAGACCAUGUUGGAAGGCUGGUGAUAUUUUGGGCUGUCUACUAGAUUUGAUAAAAAUGGAAAUUAUUUUCUCAAUAAAUGGAGUCCCCUUGAAACCUUGUACUCAAGUAUUCAAAACAGCGAGGUCUGGAUUCUUCGCCGCAGCUAGUUUUAUGUCAUUCCAACAGUGUUUAUUCAACUUUGGCAAUGUCCCUUUCAAAUAUCCACCGACUGACCGAAAGUAUCAAAGGUUUAAUGAACACGCAAACCUUAACGCCGAAGACAAAGUAGUCCUGCCUCGACACAUAUAUUUGGAUCAGCUAAGAAAGCUGAGCGUCCGAGAAGAUUCGUGUACCCUAUGCUUUGAUCAAAAAGCCACCGUCAGGCUGCUACCGUGUGAUCACAGAGGAUUCUGCCAAACGUGUUCGAAGCAAUUAAUCGAGUGCCCAAUGUGUAGAGCGAUGAUAAAAGAGGUCGUCCCGGACAACACAUGACACCUGUAAUAAAGUCUAGCAUUUAUUCAUGAAUUUACCAAUUAAAACUUCCGUUAUUUUUCUUGUCUAGUAUGAGACGCAGAGAGAAGACCGCAAGAUAAUCAUUCGUUGAAAAGUUGUUGUAUAAGUUGUUAUACAAACACACAGUUGUAUUAUAUCUAUCAUUGAUUCAUUUGGUCGUGACAGUAUUUUCACAGGGGAGAAGGAUCAAUAGUUGAAAAAUUUUAACACGAGUGUGCGAAGUCGAUUGCAUUGGGUGUCAUCGGUACCACCACCGUCCCAGCUUGCCUUGCCCUCGGCCGAGAAAGUAUUCCCGGAUGUACUCAAAGAUGAUAAAUUUUCUCUACUUCUGGUGUUGACUCUCGACAGUUCCUAACUACGUAUAGGUAAAUAUAAAUUACAUCUCCGGCCGGGGGUUGAUUUUUAGCAUGUGAUAGGAUUCAAAUUUCAUGUCCUUCUCUUCUAAUUUAAUCGCGUGAAAUAAUCAUUCGCAUGGUAACACUAAAAACACGACGCUCGAUCAUUCGGUCCAUCGUAUUUUGGGAACAACAAAUGUAUUUUCCCAACAUUAUCGUCUCAAAUUACAUUUUUAAGCACGUCGACAGGUAGAGAUGGAGCAAGAGAUACAAAAUACAGUGGAGUAUAUUUAACGAUUAAUAUAAUUAUAUAUAGAUUAUACGCGUACAUGUUAUAUUCUUCGGAGGAUAUAAAAAAGAAAAUUUAACGUUUCA